AGCCUUCCUGUUCCUACUCUACACUCUCAGGUGCUCCGUGUGUCACUUCCUGCUCUUGCCCUGUAAAGAUGCAUCCAGGUGGCAAGGGGCAUUGUGGGCCACCCCCUGGCCAUGGUCCGGGACACUGUCAUGAGGGACAUCACCCUCCAGGACCUGGUGGUCCACACCCUGGCCAUGGCCCAGGACACUGUCCUGGAGGACAUCACCCUCCAGGACAUGGUGGCCCAUCCCAUGGCCAUGGCCCAGGGCACUGUCCUGGAGGACAUCACCCUCCAGGACAUGGUGGCCCAUCCCAUGGCCAUGGCCCAGGGCACUGUCCUGGAGGACAUCACCCUCCAGGGCAUGGUGGCCCAUCCCAUGGCCAUGGCCCAGGGCACUGUGGCCCUCACCCUGGUCCACAUCACUGAGAAAUCAGAAGAAAUGAAGACACAAGAUGAGGAGUCUGCAUGGAAUCCCCAGCUGACCUGGCACCGGGUCUAAACUAGAAUUUUCCCUUGCAAAUAAAUAGCCUCUUGGAGGCCAUAUUUGUUGUUGUUA